AUGGCGAACAAGGAUGAUGAUCAUUCCAUGUCCAAGGAGACUCUUUAUGUUCAACAACCACCAGACGGUGUUCCAUUUUUCGACGAUGGUCGCGAAAUUGAACUCCUCCACUUUAUAUACUCUCUUCCAGAGAUCGACCAGAUACGUGAUCAUCCGCUGGAAGUCAUAGCUGCCAUUGACAAAUAUGCCACAACUAAGAAUUACCUGAUGAACGUUGGUCCCGACAAAGGCAAGAUAGUAUGUGACUUGAUUGCAGAGGUAAAGCCUGAGAUAAUGGUGGAGCUUGGUGGUUAUAUCGGAUAUUCUGGUCUGUUGUUUGGCGAUGCGGUCAGGAAAGCAGGCGGCAAGCGUUACUACAGCCUCGAGAGAAAUCCGGAAUUCGCUGCGGUCAUCACCUCUCUGGUCGAUCUAGCCGGGCUAAGCGAUAUUGUCAAGGUGCAUGUUGGACCUAGCGACCAGUCAAUUGCACGACUCCAUGAUGAGGGCACUCUGACGCGAAUUGAUUUGUUGUUCCUGGACCACUACAAACCAGCAUAUACGACCGAUUUGAAGCUGUGCGAGCAUCUAAAGUUGAUUCGUCCUGGGUCGGUCCUUGCAGCGGACAACGUCAUCAUGCCAGGCAAUCCGCCCUACCUCGAAUACGUUCGAAGCAGCGUCCAACAGAAGAAAGAGAGGAUACAGAAUAAAGAAGGCAGAUCUUACGACUCUCUAGGAUUUUCGGACAGAUACAAAAAUCAAUACAGCAAGAGGAUGGCAGACGAAAAGCCAAAUCUUGAGUUUCCAGGCAAUCCAAACCUUGUGUACGAGAGCCAGCUGAUCAAGUCGUGGGAGCCUACAGGAGUGCCUGAUGCUGUGGAGAUCACUCGAUGUGUGGGGGAGGAGCAAUAG